AUGAAUGUAAGUCGUCGAUACCAUCAUAAUCCUCCUCGGGCUUACCUCCUUUAUCAGCGCCUCGAUAUAAGCCUGGGAUCGAGUGGGCUUCUGCCCCACCCGGACCUCAGCAUCGUCGAUUUUGUUCAGUUCAAGAUCCCGACUCAAGCCAAUGUCCACAUACCUACGCCUGCCAGCAAAAGUUUCAGCCGCCAGCUGCCCAACCAUACCCUCGACGACCUUCGCAACCGUCUCAUCCCCCCGCAGCAUUGGAUCGAUGACCUCGGCAAGCACAUUGAGCUGGCCGUUGUCGACGGCGCCCAAUCCAUCGUGGAUCCCCGCGAGACCAACUUGCAUGUCCCGUUGAAGGGAUACACCUACUGGAAGGAAGGCGCGCGCGUGUCUCGUAAGGUCUCCCUCUGGGAAGCAGGCUUUGCUUGGCUGUCGAAGUGCUCGACAGUGCACACGUUGACGAACGCCGCCACUGAUGUUGACGGCGCCAUCCAGGUGCUCCGGGGUAUGGGCUGGGACCAAUCCCUGCACGUCGUCGGCGAGGGCGUCGGCUUGGAGACGUUGUUAUGUCUCCUCGCCGAUGGGCACGAUGGCUGGCUGAACGACGACACCAUCAACGCCGCGAUGCGGGACUUAUCAAGUCGUGCUCACCUCAGCCCAGCUCACGCCGACAACGUGGUCGUUGCUCCCACUCACUUCGCGAACGGCCUGGUGUCGACAUAUCUCAACACGAACGCGAACAAGCAGAUGAAUGCGUACCUCAAGUGCUACCAGAAGCUCUUCGAGGGACCUCAGCCUCGACGCCGAUUCUUGUACCUGCCUGCGAACAUUGACGAGGAGCACUGGGUGCCCAUUCUCGUUGAUUUCCCCAAGAAGGCGAUUAGCUAUGGUGCGUCGUCUGAGGUCGUCGACGCCCUCCAGGAUUGGCUCCUCGCCGCGUUCGGAUCGCGGUUUGAAGACCGGGGCAAUAGCCUGCCCCACGGCGUGCAAGCCGACGCAUCGUCGUGCGGCAUCUGCACAGUCAACACGAUCGCGCAUGACCUCUUCGGUGACAGCCUCUUCACCCACAGGCAGCGUCACAGCGAACGGAUUCGGCUGUUCACUCGAAUAUGUCAGCAACAGCUUAGCUUGGCUGAAGGCACCGUGGGCGAGCACCACGCCUCAUCCUCUCGUUCCCACCACCACCAUCCCCCUUCCACCUCUCAUACCACCCGCCACCCACCACCUCCUAUGCACCAUUGCUCCCACCACGAACCCUUCAGUGAUGACUUACCAAUCGGACUCGACAUCGCCAACGAGAUCCUUGCUCAGUUUGCCGACCACCUGGCAGCCGAGCUGGGUCCUGAUGCUGGGGCUGAUAUCCCUGGUCUCGACGGCCCCAUCGAGGAUGUUCCCGAAACCGAUGUUGAUGAUUUGAGCAGCGAGUACACGGACGGCGACCUGUCGUCGGAGAGUGGCUGGUCGUCCGACGGCGACUGGACGUCCGAGCCCGAGGAGAUCACAUUGUCGGACGCAGCUUCUGACACGGAGUCUUGGGACGACCUUGCCAUGGAUAAGGGAACGUCCCUGUCGGCGCGAAAUGAGCAGGCUCUGAAGAAGGCGAUGAAGGACGGAAACUUAGAGGUAGACGAGCGUAAGAAAAGGACGUACGAGCAAACAUGUCGGGGAGUCGAUGAGCACUGCCGCUUCCACUACGUUCGCCGGUGGCGCGUGUACCACUCUCGCUGCCGGUGCUGGGUCACUCAGAAGGGGCCCUAUAACACGCAGCGGUUCAGAGCACACGCGAAGAAGUGCAAGCCAAAGGGACAGACUCAUACCUUAGAUGGCUUUGUUAUCCGAGGUCCGGCAGGCCCUCCCUCCGAUGACAUUCCUCCUCCACCCGACGACGAUGACUCUGACUCCGACGAUAGCGAUGACGAUGAAGAGGGGAAGGGCGGGAUGAAGGUGACGAGCGAUGGGAAGGGGAAGAUGGAGGUCAAUAACAAGAAGAGACCCGCGCGAGAGCCACGGCCGUGUUUGGGCAUAAGCGGCGCUGACGAUUCCCGCGUUAACGUCUAUCUCCGUCGAACCGGCGCUCACGGAGGCGGCGGUCGCUCUCGCCAUGACCUCGCCCUCAACCUGUACCAACUACCCUUCGGCUCCCUCACCGACGCGCAGAAGGAUACCGUCAUACUCGCCCAGCGUCACAGUCAGACGUGGGUGAACGAUCACCAGAGACUGCGGGUCUUUGCCCGUGACUGCGACGGUGUCGUUCAACCCAGGCAACCAGCAGGGACUCGCAAAUGUCCUCACUGCCAGGCCGUCUUUCGCUCAAAGUCGUUCCGUAACCGCCUCCGCGCUCGGGUCCUUCCUAUGUACGGGUAUCGUGACUCAUCCGAGUCCCAAGUAUCAAGAGUCUUGGUGUUAAUAUACCGCUCAAUGGCUGUAGCAGUGGUGUUUUGUCCUUGUCGGGCUCGGGAACGCGUAUGUGUGCGCUUCGCCAAGCUAGUUUUGGACGGCGCAUUCGAUGACAAGGAGGUCACCACUGGUAUGGUCGAGGCGAUGGUCGAGGCGCAUGACCGCCGAGAACGCGGCGUUGGGCUGCAAAACUUUCCUUAUGCCGAAGAAUUCAAGCGGUUCAUGCACGAGCUGGCUGUCACGUCGCCGGAGAUGUAUCGCUCGCUUGCGAAGGAGAUACAGGUUCCCACCAUCCGGCAUUUUCAGCAACAACGAAGCAGAGAGGCGCCAUUCCCUCUCGAGGCCGGCGAUGCCAACGUCAGCCGCGCCCUCACCUACCUCGAUGCCAUCGCCUACAAGGGCCCAGUGGCCAUGAGCGUUGACGACACCAAGCUUGAACCCUCGCUCUCCCUCAUCUGGGAUCCCGCUCGCGAAAGCUACCUUCUCAUUGGCAGCGAAGAUGGGCCACUGGCGGUCAGCGACCCUGACGAGCUCGGCGACCUCCUCGAGCAACACAAAGACAAGAAGGCCACCAAGCUACGAUUAUGGACAUUGCAGGUUCCCCUUCCCGACGUGCCCCCUCUCAUCCUCGCUGUUCAGGCCAUCUCCAGUAGCAUGCCUGCGAGAGAGCUGGCGCCCCUCUCAUUGACGCUCAUACGUGGGCUCACGAAAAAUGGAGUCAAGUUGGUCUCGUACGCAUGCGAUGGAGCCGACACCGAGCGUCUUUCUCAGAGGAUCCUCUCCAUGAAUGCUGACGAUCACAUCACCCAUACUAUCACUAAUCCCUUGCCCAACCAUGCCGACUACGUGCUCCACAUCCCAGUCUUCAACGGUCAACCUGUCGUCAUGAUGCAAGACUCCAAACAUGCCUGCAAGAACUGUCGUAAUGGGUGCUUCACCGGGGCCCGAUGCCUCGUUCUUGGGAACCAUCUCGCUAUGUACGCUUACGCGCGCGAUCUCGCUUUCCAUCCAGAGGGUCCUCUACGCCGGCGCGAUGUCGAGCGGCUGGAUCGCCAAGACGAUCGUGCAGCCACGCGUAUGUUCUGCGCGACGACGCUGGAAUUCCUCACGGAAAAGUACCCGAAGCGCGCCGGCAUGAUCGUCUGGAUGUUCGUUGCUGGGGAGAUCGUCGACGCGUAUCAAAAUCGCGACUUGCCACCAAUGGAGCGCCUUGUCAUGGUUCUGCGCGCGAAGUCCUUUCUCGAACUAUGGCGCAUUUUUUUGGACACGAUGGGUUACUCCGAGCAGCGAUACUUCAUCUCCCACGACCUGCACGACAUCUUGAACACGUUGGCCGACGCGCUGAUGCGAAAGGUCAAGCCGGACUUUACGCUCAGGGACUUCGUCUACAUGCGGGCGAAGGUCGAGCGUCUCACGCGGCGGUUUGCUGAUUCCGUGAGCAAAGGCGACAGCGCGGGCGCCGCUCAAGGUUACUCCCACACCUGGUGGGCGCGUCCUGAAGUCGACCUCGCGAAGUUGGCGGUUUUCCCAUCCGACGAGGGGAUCAACGCGGCCGCUCGUCUGGCCGGUGACGAGGCAUUAGCGCUCUUCAACAUGCUUGAUGUCAACCCCUCGGAUUUCCUAGAGGGCACUCCCCACCCCCUCCCAUCGAUCGACACCUGGUUUGCCGCGGGCGAGGAUCCCGUUCCCUUGCCGUCAGGCAAGUCGGGGCGACAGGCUCUUCAAGAGGCCAUCGACGCUCAGUGUGCGUCACUGGAUUCCAUGCCCAAGGACGUCGCCACGGAGGUGAAAAGCCUGACGUACGCGGCUGUUGCAUUGGGUCUCGACGACGACGAGAAUCUCUUGGACGACUCGGAGGACCCAUCGCCUGAAGAAGAUGCUGUGAUGGCUCAGCGUGAUUCACGGCGGAUAGACGACGUGUUGAACGGCGUACGCGAUGUCAAGCGCGUCCUGGUCGAUGAACCUGAGGUCCACUAUGAGGUGUUCGACAUGACAGCGCUUGUCGCCCUCCGUCGGCGACACGAGACUCCCUGGGCUCGUACAUGCGCGCGCAAGAACACGCGCUCCAAGAAGGGGAAGGGUGUCGUGGAUGAGACGGACGACGAUGCGGCAACCGACAACAACGUAGCCGCCGCUGGUGGACCGGACAAGGAGGCGAUGCGCCAAGAGCUGGCGCGCCGACUGACCAACGUCAUGCGCAACCACCGGGAGGAUGAAGCACUCGACGGGACGACGACCGGCGGUAAUCGUCGCAUACGAACGGCGGGGCAGGUGCGGUUGACAGGGAACUCACUCAACGCUGAGCUAGCGGCAGGGACGCGGGCUGUCGAGGUCAAGAAGCUGCGCAGUCGUGUAUUCUCGCAACACGAUCUCGCGCCCGUCGCUGAUAUCGUCGACGCCUGCAUCGACGCUAGGAAUGCUAAGCCGGGCCGAGAGCCUCUGGUCCCCAACGCAUACGCGUUGGUGCUCGUUGCGGAAGAUGUAUGGAUUGGGCGCGUGAUGGCUAUCUAUAGCCAAGGAGGCUCGACGAGCAUGCCUCAUGCUUGGCAGGAGCGCAUUGACAGCGUCGGUUUAGCUUCCUAUAUUGUCCUGCAGCUCUACGAGCCAGGUAUCGUGCGUCAUGUCUUCCGCGGAGUGCACGACUCAGCCAAGGCCCUGGGAGCAUUCCGGUUUGCUCAUGUCCCGGUUGUCCAUUUCCUCCAGCGCGUUCCUGGCCCGUUCUCUCUUUCUGCUGAUGACCGCUCGCUUAUCGUCAACCAUGCGGCUUUGGGGAUGCUUGUGAACUGGCGAGGUCAGAGGCGUUCUCUGCUCACCGCGGUCGUCGACUACAACAAGGAGGCAAGGAAGUCGAAGAAGAAAGGCAAGCCGGAUACCAAGUAGGUUCAUGGACACCUCUACGAUCUUUAUUUAGUGUAUAAAUACUCUGUAUGUAUGUUUUUCGUGACUUUUUGAGGCCAGGUGCCUUCGUCCGGACAUUAUGGGCGCGCCUAUAGCGUUUGGAGGCCAGAUCCCGUGUCCGGACAAAUGCUCAAAAACUCCCGAAAUUUUCGGGAUCUAUAGUGGGAUGCCAGUGGGGGGUCGGCACCAUCCCUUGGUACGGAUUUUCGGGGGUCCUGCGGUGGUCUGCGGUGGUGUCACUAAUUGAGUCUCCCGAGGCGUCGUGGUUCCUUCUCUCUUCCCUUCCCUUCCCCCUCCAGCAUCCGGAUACCUACGCCUUCCCCGUGGCUGGGCGUUAGUCAUCGAUGCUAGUCCACCAUGUCCGGGAUUCUGAGAUAUCCGGAGACCCAUAUCGCGGGAUGAUUGAGGAGAGGAUGGGAUACUUCGCUACGAAUUAUGUAGCGUUCUUGGGGUUCACUAUUCUAGUAUGGGAUCAACUGCUUACGUUUGGGGACGAGGUACUUUGCGCCUUGCUAUGAUCUUCGGAGACAGGUGUGGCCGCUUAUACCAUAGUCUCAUGAAGGUCGAGUUCAUAUGGAAGUCGCGCAAAACGCUGAUGUCCUAUCUUUUCCUUUUGGUACGCGACACCAAGUCUUUGGUAUUGUCUGAUGUCGAGCACCUACCCCGCUUGUGUACACCUAUCAGAAUCGCUACGUGGCUCCCUUCGGCUUCAUCGUGUGCUUCUAUGCAUAUAUGUCUCCCAGUUUCACGAACUUGGUGAGCCUUGUUAACAUCUACGAGUACACAAUGGCCCACUCGUAUCCUCCCUUAGGAGUGCCAACAUUUCGUUGUGUAUGAGGGCGCUAUGGUCACCGUUAGUGUUUAUAUAGCAGAGUUCACGAUGCUGAAGCGGGUCUUGGCACUAUACCAAACAUCUCGGACAGUCCCGAUAAUCGGAGGUGCAAUUUUUGCCACGUCUCUCGCCACUACCAUUGUAUUGCUUCAUAAUGGGUACCCUGUUCCUCAUUCAUCAGCGGUUCACAGUAAGUCACUCAAGUGUCUUCUAUCUAUAUAACAGGGUGCAUUCUGGCCCGAACCCUUCCAUCAGGUUCCUGUAGAAACGUCGGUGCUAUCACCCGUGCACUCAUAGUUGAUGGUCUGAUUUACUAUAUCGCUAUGCUGAUCCUUUGCGUCUUGCAAGGCAUCCUCAUAAUCGUAGCACCCGACUACCUUAAGAAUAUCUUCGCGCAAUCAAGGCUGCAUACGACUGUCGCGCUGACAUCGCGCAUGACACUCAACUUGCACAGGGAGCAUCGGAAAUCUACUCGUAAAGGCACACGACACUGGGAGGACGCUACAUCAGUGUUUCCGACAAUCGAGCUUACUUCGCAUCCCAUCCGAUAGAGUUUGGGGCAGAUAGCUAUAUGUUUUAUCCUCCAUUAUCUUCCCAACCGGAUAUCAGGAUGUAGCUUGACGGUGUCACGUCGGUGAAGUACUGGACGACUACGUAACCCAGUUUACCUACCACUCUGGUCCGUCGAGGUUUCAAUGACACUCGAUCGGCGCCCUGAGAUGCCCUUCACAUUAUCAGCGCGUUCAUUGACUCAAUUUUCAGCCUUGUGAUGAAUCCUUCAUAAGCAUAUAGUACACUGUACGUGAUGUCGUAAUUGAUUGCAAUAAACCCUCCUUCGCAAUGCGCUCGCUCAUAGGUAUAGCUCCCGAAGGUCUUCUUGGUGCGCUUUAUUGACCGUGACGGUCAAGAUGUUCUCCGUCAUCUCCUUCUCGUACUGGCGGAGCCCGUCAUUCCAGCUAAGCAAAAUCGCAGUAAACUUCCUGUAGGUGUCGAUGAAUCCCUGCCCUUCGUUGAGCCAGCUGUCCAGGAUCCCCAACGCCCACUCCGCACCCUCCUGCGUCGCUCUUGCGGGAAUCCUCUUGCACGUCACGACAACGUUCUCGAUGUCACCGCUCGCCUGCGAGAACGUCAUGGUCUGCAAGCCCUCGGACGUCCGACCAAUCUCCAGGAGGUCGACGGUGAUAACAAGUAGCUUAGUGCGCAUCCCACUGUUGGUCAACGCAAACAAGUGAUACCCCACCUCGUACUCGUGGUCAUACUCCGCCGCCGUGUCGUCUGUUUUCUCUCCGGGCUGAAGAAGCUUUCGCUGAUGUGGCGUUGCCCAUGGCGGAUAGCAGGAUGGGUGGGAAGGAAUAGCGGCGUUAUAUGCGGAACACUGGCCCUUCCACGCGAAGAUGUCCCACUUGUCGUACCGCUGGAAGAUAGCCUCCAUCAGGCGGUAAAACGCGCGGCGACCUUCACCAUACGCGACCAUGAGACUGACGUCGAAGAUGCCGAUAAGACAAUAGGCGACGUCCUCGAUACGGGUCGUGCGGCGGUCCGCGUACCACGCCAUCUUCUCGCUAACCCUAUCCGUUCCAGGCUUGAAAGCGAUGAGGUCUUCGACUGGGAUCCUCGUGAUUUCUGAAAUGCUGUUCAGAAGUUUGGUCCCAGGUACUUUGUCGUUCCAGCUACCGGGGUUCAACCCCCUCCACUCUUUCGUGUAGAACUUGAGUCGGGGCGGGGCAACGAGCUCUUGCAGCGUCCAGCCACGCUUGAACCACAUGUCUUGGAGAAUGUCGCUGUGCCCGGUUGUGUCGCCCAGGUACGCUAUGCAGAUAUGAGCGUUACGAUAGUACCUGAACAUGGAUCGGAUAUUUUCGUCGAGCUCGCCGGGAUCUUUCUUGUUAAUGCAACACGUGUCCGACCACGCGAAGUCACAUCCGUGCUCGUACGCCUCCGAACAAAAGUUCUUCAGCUUGCUAUAUCCUGGUCCAUUCCUCACUUUCUCUGGCAUAGUCUUCGGGUCCUCCAGGUAUUGAAAAGUAGGCUCGUCGUUUCCCCAGCGAUGCGAAAAGAUGGCGUACUUGACUUUGCUCGUGACAACGUCGUGAAUGAUCUUCUCACGAUCGGGAUUGUUGGGAUUGACGUCGUCAUUGCUAAGCUGAAUGUUCUUGAUAGUGCUUUCAAAGUGCGCUUUGACAUCCCAGCGCUCCAUGAGUCGGAUAUUGUCCAAGUCCUUGACGUAAAGCAAGCGGGUUGGCAUUUCAUUCAUGACAUAUUCCUCGUAAAAUUCGUUGAGUGGAUCAGGCGUGGCUUUGAGCGUGACUGACAUGACUUGGUGCAAGGAGACGUUGAGGAGCCCGGCUGUGUCGACGGCUGGGAGUAAGUG